CCGUGUUUCACGUUAUUUUUCUCGCCGAUCACGUGCAAGUUGCUACCACCACCGACUACUAUAUACACCACCCUCCCUCUGUCUCUCUAAACACAUCCCAACACUUCAACUCCCACCUCAAUGGCUGAAAAUAACCCUCAACUCUCCGAUCAACUGACAAAACUCGCCAAAGUCGCUGCCGUCGGUGGCCUCCUCCUCGUUUUCAGUCCGAUGUUGCUCAUCUUCAGUCCGGUGUUGGUCCCAGCCUACAUCAUGUACUGGAUUUACCGUUACGUCACUGGAAAACACCCAAUUGGUUCCGAUCAGGUGGCCAAGGCUCAGGAGAAGAUCACCGAUGCGGCGGCGGAUGUGAAGGACAAGGUGGUUCAGGCCGGCGAGAAGAUUGUUGACACGGUGGAGGAUCUGGCCAAGAACAAUAUUGUAACAAAGUCCGCCGAGAAGAUUGUGGACACGGCGGAUGAUCUGGCGAAGAACAAUAUUAUAACAGAGUCCGCUGAGAAGAUUGUGGACACGGCGGAGGAUCUGGUGAAGGACGGCGUAAGUCAGGCGGGUGAGCUGGUGGGGGGCGUGAAAAAUACGGUGGAGAAUUUGGGAAAAGAUAUUUUGAAGUUGGGUGGUGGUGGCGGAAAAUAGUUUCAAAAGGGUUAAGUUGUUGUAGUUGUGAUACAGAAUUUUCCGGCCGCCGUUGAUUUAUAUUUACCACCGGUUUAAAUCGUGUUUUCAGGUGGGUAAUAAAGAUGAUCCUUAUUUGUUACAUUUUAACAAAAUUAAAACGUGUCAUUAUAUUC